AUGAUUAGCAUCGUCAAGGAGAGCUUGGAGCUGACCUGGCGACCCAUUCGGCUUUCCUGCCUGCGCCGCAACUUUUCUGAUAGUGCCGACUUUCCUGUGAACCCAGAAUGGACCAAACAACAGACGCUGUUGCGCAAACAACGUUCUGCGCGACGGUCCUAUAACGACUAUCACGCCAAGAAUGCUUUUCGAGACGCCGACUUCGAUGGCUUCGAUGGUGACUGGGACGAUUUCACCGCCGAGGCCAAACAGUACUGGUCCCAAAACUUGCGACCGUUGCAGAAACCCGACUGGAUCGCCAGAUCUGAGCCCGCUGCAGAGAGAGCCCCUACAUGGCUGGACAAACUACUUAGGCCGCACACGCAGCCGCAGAACAAGAUCCGAGUGAAGCAGCUGCACGACUACUUCCAGCACUUUGACGACGCAUAUUUCCGGAAUAUAAAGCCCAAUAGAGCCAGCUUCUACCAGCAAGAAAUAUAUGAAUAUGGAAACGCUCUGCGCAGGUACAAAAAGCUGAACCUUGACGACUCGCAAUUGCAGCGUUUUAGCGAGCAUACCCUGAUGCUGAACCAGAUCACCAACCAUGCACGAAUCACGGCAGACAGAGCAACUCUGUUGAAAGAGAGCAGCACGCACGCUUUGCCCGGCAACAUACAAGGAAAACAUGGCCCCAUCGAAGCGAUCCAAAAUUGGUACGAGUCUCUUCCUCGGCCAAAAUACAGCCACAUCGGCCGGGAAGAUUUUGAGCUGCUCGCUGCGGUUAUUAAUCAGACUGUGGCCCAAGACAUCACGGAACUGGUUCCAGAAACACGACACUGGAUCCGUUUGUUCUACUCGGAAAUGGUGACCAGCCGCAUCCCACUCACAGAAAUUGAAACGCACAACUGGAUAAGACUCAAGUUGGCCUGUUCUGACGCUAAUAACGUCCUCGACUUCCUUUCUCUCUACCCAUAUAAAUUACAUGUUUCGCAUUUUAAUUUGCUGCUCCCAAUCGUGGACCCACAAACCCUUCUGACAAGAAUGAACAGAGCAAACAUCCUACCCGACAGAACCACGGUGGUCCAUCUUCUGGAGCACUACGGCAGCAAAGGUGACCUCAAUUGCGUGCUCAACACCAUAUUUUUCACGAUUCACGACUUACGACUCAACCUUGACUCACAGCUUAUAGAAUCGUUUAUAGGCGCUCUCAUCAAGGCCGGCGAAAUCAAGCUCGCCCUCUUCAUCCUCGUUCAAACGUGCCAUGUGUAUGAAAUCAACCCGACGCUCGAAACGCACGACACUCUUUCUGAAACCCAGACCAUCAUUCUGGAUUAUCUGGUGUCCAAUUUCGUGCAUCUUCACGGCGUCACGCUCCAACAUUCAAUCAAGCCGACGGCUGCCAUGAUUCGACCGUUUCUCAAAGUGUACGACUCUGCCAGCCAGAAGGACGUAUUGGCCGCGCUUGUCCAGCUGGUUGAUAAGUACGAUAUCGAACUAUAG